AUGUCCGACGCGCAUGUCAAGUUUAACCUUGGAAAUCCCGUUGAGGAUUCAGAGGAAGAGGUGUUUCUCCCACCAGCUCCGCUUCUCGCCGGCGCUCAUGUGGCUGGAUUGCCGAGUUACCAUGAAAUGUAUUCUGAUUCAAUCAACAACUCGGAUGCUUUUUGGAAAAAGAUUGCUCAAGAGUUGCACUUUUUUGAGCCAAGCAAUAAUGGCCUCGAGUACAACUUCGACUCACGCAAAGGCCCAAUUUUUACUCGUUUUAUGGCCGGCGCGAAGACAAACAUCUCCUACAAUUGUCUUGAGAGGAAUAUUCAAAGAGGUUAUGGAGAUCGUGUGGCCUAUUUGUGGGAAGGGAAUGAACCAUGUGAUUCAAAUACAAUCACCUACAAUCAAUUGCAUGAACAAGUGCUGAAUUUCUCAGCCGUUCUCCGAGCUCAUGGUGUGAAAAAAGGCGAUGUUGUUGCCAUCUAUUUGCCAAUGGUCUUGGAAUUAGCGGUGGCAAUGUUGGCGUGCGCUCGCAUUGGCGCUCUUCAUAGCGUCGUUUUUGCCGGCUUCUCGGCGGAUUCAUUGGCGUCACGAAUCGUUGAUGCAAAAUGUAAAAUUUUAAUCACCGCUGACGGCUUCUUCCGUGGCCCAAAAGCGGUCAUUCUAAAGCCGAUCGUCGAUAAAGCGAUCGAGAUUUCGAAGGAACAAGGAGUGAAUGUUGAGUCGGCAAUCAUCGUUGAGCAUCUAAAUCGAGCCACCGCUCCAAAUGGGCAUCCAGCUCCAACGGUCGAUUGCUCAAAGGGUAUCUACCACAAAUAUUUCUCGGAAAUGCAAAAGUACAAGGGUGUCGAUUCGCCGGUUGAAUGGAUGGAUGCUGAGGAUCCACUCUUUAUUCUCUAUACUAGUGGAUCAACCGGAAAACCGAAGGGAAUCUUGCAUACAACAGCCGGCUACAUGACCUACGUGUACGCCACCUGCAAAUACAACUUUGAUUUGCAUCAUGAGAACGAGAAAGAUAUUUAUUGGUGCACAGCGGAUUGUGGCUGGAUCACGGGUCAUUCCUAUCUUCUUUACGGUCCUCUAAUGAAUGGCGUAAGUUCGGUGUUCUUUGAGGGAGUUCCCUCAUAUCCUGAUGCCAGUCGACUCUGGGCGGUCACCGAGAAGUACAAGGUGACGAAGCUCUACACAUCGCCAACAGCAAUUCGUGCACUGAUGGCUUUUGGUGAUCAAUUUGUCACCAAGCACGAUCGUUCGACUCUUUCUAUUUUGGGAACUGUCGGCGAGCCGAUUAAUCCAGCCGCUUGGCGAUGGUUGCACAAAGUUGUCGGCGAAGCUCGUUGCUCAAUCGUUGACACUUAUUGGCAAACGGAAACGGGUGGACAUAUGAUUGUCCCAUUGCCUGGCGCGACUCCACAAAAACCCGGCUCAGCAACACUUCCUUUCUUUGGUGUUAACGCGGUUCUUUUAGAUGCAGAAGGGCGUGUGAUUGAGGGUCCCGGAGAAGGGAAUUUAUGUUUUGGAAAAGCAUGGCCGGGAAUGAUGCGAAAUGUUUAUGGAGAUUAUGAGAGAUUUGUGAAAACGUACAUGCAACCAUUUCCCGGUUACUAUUUCACUGGUGAUGGCGCUCGUCGAGAUGAUGAUGGAUACAUUUGGAUUACGGGACGUGUUGAUGAUUUGAUGAAUGUUAGCGGACAUUUGUUGAGCACAGCUGAGAUCGAAGGAGCACUCACACAGCAUCCAAAAGUAGCCGAAGCAGCUGUCGUCUCGGCUCCACACGACAUCAAGGGCAGUUAUCCAUACGCGUUUGUCACCCUCAAGAAUGGUGAACGCCUCAGCAAGGAGCUCAUUGUAGAAUUGAAACAAAUUGUCCGUGAGAAGAUCGGUGCAAUCGCUCAACCUGAUGUCAUUCAAGAAGCGCCCGGCUUGCCAAAAACUCGCUCUGGAAAGGUAACUCGUCGAAUUUUGCGGAAAAUAGCUGAAGGCUGCGACUCCGGGUUGGGCGAUACGACGACGCUUGUCGAUGAGACGGUCAUCCAACAAUUAAUCAGUGGACGUGAUAAUCGGGCU